AUGUGGAGCCGAUUGGUCUUGAGAUAUUCAGCAUGCUGCACGCUUUACGACUGUGUCUUAGACGGUCAAGGCGCAGGUGAGAACACUUAUGCUUUGAUCGAGGCUGCAGUCUCAGCGGCCGUGGGAGUAAAGUCGCCACACACCAUCCACAAGAGAGCGUCCUCAUUUUGGGCGUUCGUUCGGUGGGUGGAUGUCCAUGAUCCUCAGUCUGCCGAGAAGCUGCAUGAGGUACAGGUGUGGAACUUUGUGCAGUUCCUUAAAGCUUCUGAGGCACCCGCUUCAAAAGCCUCCUCUGUGAUCAGCUCCUUCAGGUUUGCGCAUUUUGUGCUGGGGUUCAAAGUCACGAGCAUCAUCGAGUCAAAGCGAAUUUGCGGUGCCGCGGAGCAGCAACUUGUGAAGGUCAGGAAAUUGAGGCAAGCCCUGGAUCUUAGGGUCUCGCAGAUCCUUGAGCUUCAUGCGCGGCUGGAGUCCGGAGCUCUGCAUUGCUUCGACCGGGCUCUCCUUGCGUCCAUUUUGAUCAGGCUGUAUGCCAGGGCACGUCCCAGCGACUUCUUGUUCAUUGAGACCGUUGAGGUUGACUGCCCGGCCGAUUCAGACUACCCUUUGCUAGUCUUUGAAGUCUCUGAGCACAAGGGGGCAAGGAAAGUCCAGCUUAAGAAUAAGCUUCUCCCUAUCUUGGUGCCCAUGAUUGGGGUACAUGGAAAGUGCUGGAUAAACGAGGCGUUGAGCGCCUUCAAGGACGCUGGCAGAGCAUUGCCGGCUGUGCGAGGUCCAUUGACUCUUGCCCCUAGGGAUGCCUCUGGGACAGCCCCCUCUGCUCGGUCUGUCACUUCUGCUGAGGUGGGCCGUGCUUUGCGUGCAUUCUUGGGCGAGCCUGAGGAAAUCAUUGACUCUUCCGUGCCGAGAGUUACCGCAUACUCUCUUCGAGGCACUUGCUUAGGUUGGGGAAGUAAGUUCGGUUUUGACGAGGACCUCAAAAGUAUACUCGGCAGGCAUGCUUCAUCGGUCAAGACUACUCAGGCCAUCUACAGCAGAGAGCUUGCAGCCGCCCCAGUGCGGAAAUUGCAGGACUUAAUCAGAGAAAUCGUGGCCGGCCGGUUCAUGCCCGACAGCAGUAGGUCGAGUUACUUCCCAAAGAUGCCUAGCGCAAAGGAAGCUGGAAAAGCCAUCGCAUGCUCGGACAGUUCGGCCCCUGGAACAGGUGCGGUCAAGAUCGAAGUGCUUAGCAGCGACGAAUCUGGUUCGGAGCCGGGAGAUUCGCCUGAUAGCGAGUCCUCGGGUUCGACUUCGAGUUCCUCGAGCUCUUCUGUAGAAGCUACUGCUCAGCCCAUUGUGCGACGGUGGAAGAGAGCCAAAGUCGGUCUUAGCCGGGACACGCUCCGUGCUUUUGCAGCUCAUGGAAUCGACACUUUGAGUAAGUUGGCUUACUCGUGCGGUCAACCGGGGGCGCCGUUGCCUCAAUCGGACUUUGAUGACUUCAUUGCUACCGUGAUACCUGCAGCUCUCUUGGGCGAGAAAGGAAGUGUGAAGAGGCUCAUCUUUGAGAGUCAGGCAUUACUGCUCACUGAUCUGCGUGAACAAGUUACGCAGCCCGACAAGUGGGCUACCAAAAAUGUGCCGACCGUUGAACGGCAGAAGAGAAUGGAGGCUGUGAAAGCCAGCAUCCCAGGAGUGUUGGUUGAAGGGUCCUUGGAGCCAUCGCACGGGCUCCUCAAUGCUGCUUGCCGCAUGGAACGUGAAGGCCAGCUGCGCUACAUUGCACCUGAGCAGUGUGGCACAAGAAUGUAUGAAAUCCAGAACGUCAAGGCGCAGAGCAAGGUUCUCUCUUUGGAAGAGGGCAAGCUUGCGAUUUCAGAAGAAAAGGAUUUGCCUGAGGUCACUUGUGGGUCCGCCUUGUUGCUACAAGAGGCUUUGAAAAGGCGGGGGAUCGCCCUUCAGUUUGCGGGUGUGGCUUCGUUCCUCGCUCACGAGAAGUAUGUAUUGAAGCUCUUCGGCCACAUGGGUCGAGAGCCCCCUCCGGGGCAUGCGAGAACCAGUGUGCACCAGCUCCUCACUGCUGACCGCCAGGUUUGGACAAAGUUGAUCGAGGACGAGGUUAGCCCAAGGCGCAGCCCCGCUGGCACCUACCCCGUGGACGAUGCACUGUUACCUGCGUUGCAAUCGUAUGAUGUCACUGUUGCGCUGCUCCCCAGGGAAUCCUCUAAGGAUAGCAAGAAGCGUUUUGCUCCGACCAAGAAGCAUCAGAAUGAGCGCGAACAGAAGGUUGGCAAAGGUGACGGAGGCAAGGGUUCUGGCAAAGGCAAGGGCAAGCGUCCAACAUGGCAGCCAAGUGUGCCGGAGGCUAUACGCAAACUCGGCGGGAGUGCCCAAACUCCGGACAAGAAGCGCAUUUGUUUCUCCAGGAAUCUGCCUUGUGGUUGCACCCUUGACCCGUGCCCGAAAGGUCUUCAUCCCCAGAUCAUGGCAUCCAGGAGUGUCCACAGCGCAAAAAGUGACAUCCGAGCCGCACUGCGGAUGUGCAUAUGGUGA